AUGGAGUUUGCCCUGCUGAGUGAGGCUGAGGCCAGGAGCCCUGCACUGUCUCUGUCUGAUGCCGGCACUCCCCACCCCCCUCACCCGGAGCACAGCUGCAAGGGCCAGGAACAUAGCGAUACAGAGAAGGCCCCUCCUCAACUGCCAGGGGGGUCUCCAACUGAGGAUGGCUCCCUGAAGAAGAAGCAGAGACGGCAGCGCACGCAUUUCACCAGCCAGCAACUGCAGGAGCUGGAAGCGACCUUCCAGCGAAACCGCUACCCGGACAUGAGCACCCGAGAAGAGAUUGCAGUGUGGACCAACCUCACCGAGGCUCGAGUUCGGGUGUGGUUCAAGAAUCGCCGGGCCAAGUGGCGGAAGCGAGAGAGGAGCCAGCAAGCAGAGCUGUGCAAAGGCGGCUUCGGGGCGUCGCUGGGCGGGCUGGUGCCUCCCUAUGAGGAGCUGUAUCCCGGGUACUCCUACGGGAACUGGCCGCCCAAGGCCUUGGCCCCGCCACUUGCAGCCAAGACCUUUCCCUUCGCCUUCAACUCUGUCAAUGUGGGCCCUCUGGCCUCGCAGCCUGUGUUCUCUCCUCCCGGCUCUAUCGCCACAGCUGCCUCCAUGGUACCCACAGCUGCUGCGGGCGCUGCGGGAGCUGUGGCCGGACCAGGAGGCUUGCAGGGAUUGGGCGGGGGUCCUGCGGGGCUGGCCCCGGCUGCCGUGUCUUCGGGGGCGGUGUCUUGCCCCUACGCCUCGGCAGCCGCCGCAGCCGCCGCUGCCUCCUCCCCUUACGUAUAUCGGGACCCGUGUAACUCAAGCCUGGCCAGUCUGCGGCUCAAAGCCAAACAGCACGCCUCCUUCAGUUAUCCCGCAGUGCCCGGACCGGCCCCUGCAGCCAACCUCAGCCCGUGCCAGUAUGCCGUGGAGCGGCCAGUAUGA